CCUGCUGAGUGCUGAGUCGCUGAGCGGCGAGCCCUCCAUGUGACUUCAGUUUCCGUCGGUUCCUUCCGCAAGUACUAAAAUAAUCUGAUGCCCCAGAGCGAGUAGGCAGCGCGGCGGCGGCGACUGCUGUCCUGGAGGCUGGGGCCCUGGAGACGAUGCGCCCCGCGGAGCCGCCUAGGCCUGCGGGAGCCGUGAGUAUUUCGUGCGUGGGCUCACCGCCGGGCACCGCCAGGCUUCUCGAGGCAUUGGACCAUAUCCCGUGUGCCUCAGGUCCCGCAGGGAUGCCAGCAUUUCUACUGAUCUGGGCACCCAUUGGGGAUCCCUGUCAGUCGUUGCUCCUUUGUGCCUUCUCGAGGAAACCGUGGUAGAGAGUAGGUAUGUUCAUUCCCACUCCAGGAUAAAAUUAGCCCUGGUUAAUCUUUGUGGCCUCUGUGCAUAGUGCCCCAGGGACUCAGGGUUGCCACCUCCCCAGGAAGCCCAAGCUCACAGGCAUCUAUCUCCCUUGAACGAGAGGAGAUGGGAUACAGCUCCUUCAUCUUAUGUUUUCUACCUUGACUCCAUUUGCACAGCCUCCACUUCCCAUGGGUUCAGAUGAUGCCUGGCUUCACUAAGGCAUGUGUUUGCCCCCGAGUGGGAGGAGAGGGCACUGCCGAAGGCUGUAGAGGUACUUGUGGUGGUCCCUGAUUCCACGCACGUAAAUGGAAACUCUGGUAUGUCCUUACAAAGACAAAGCUUUUGCAUGAGCAUUCUUUACUCCUGUCUUGACCCAACCUUUUGAUGAUUGUCACCCAUGGCCAUUGCUAGAGAGGAGCCAGAUAUGGGUCUAGGCCUUACCCUCGUCCAAGUCCCCCUACUUUAUACAGUCCUUCCUGCUUCCUCUUGAAGCCUGGUGGCUGGCCCUUACUCUUGCAGAAGUCACCGGUGGGAGGGAAACCUGUGAGGGGAACUGAGAAACUAAUGCAGUACAGGUUGGGCGUCUGAAGAGAUUGUUUUCUCAUGUACAGAGGGAUACUGGAAAGCCACUGGCAGCUACAGCUAGACACCCAAGAGCCAGUUGUUAUCUCUCAGUGGGAACACAUUUGCCGUCUUGAAGACCUGUGGCUAGAUGCAUUAUGUGGCCCUAGACUGGAUAAGAGCUGCGCUUGAGAUGGAGUUCCUGCCCCUUUGGCUCUGCCUGGGUUUUCACUUCUUGGUUGUGGAAUGGAGGAACGGAAGUGGGAUGGCCACUGCAGCUUCCCAAGGAGGCUGCAAGGCGGUGGAUGGAGUCACUGACUGCCGGGGGCGAAACCUUGCUUUGGUACCCAGAAACCUCCCAUCACAUUCCCGGAUGCUCAUUCUGGAUGCUAAUCCCCUUAGGGUCCUGUGGAAUCAUUCCCUCCAGGCCUACUCACACCUGGAGAAUCUCAGCCUGCACAGCUGUGACCUAGACCGUAUUGGCCACUAUGCCUUCCAAAGGCAAGAGCACUUAAGCACUCUGGGCCUGGCAGACAACCACCUCUCUGAGAACUACAAGGAGACAGCAGCAGCUCUCCACACCCUGUUAGGACUUCGGAGCCUGGACUUGUCUGGAAACUCCCUGACUGAAGACAUGGCAGCCCUCAUGCUUCAGAACCUCUCCUCGCUGGAGGCUGUGUCCUUGGCAAGGAAUACCCUCAUGAGGCUCGAUGAUUCUGUCUUUGAGGGCCUGGAGCACCUCAGGGAGCUGGAUUUGCAGAGAAACUAUAUCUUCGAGAUUGAGGGUGGUGCUUUUGAUGGCUUGACUGAGCUGCGGCGUCUCAACCUUGCCUACAACAACCUCCCCUGCAUUGUGGACUUCAGCCUCACACAGUUGCGGUUCCUCAAUGUCAGUUACAACAUCUUGGAGUGGUUCCUGGCAGCCAGGGAGGAGGUGGCCUUUGAGCUGGAGACGCUGGACCUGUCUCACAACCAGCUGCUCUUUUUCCCUCUCCUGCCUCAGUGCAGCAAGCUGCACACCCUCCUGCUACGGGACAACAACAUGGGUUUCUACAGGGACCUGUAUAACACCUCCUUGCCGCAGGAGAUGGUAGCGCAGUUCCUUCUUGUGGACGGCAAUGUGACUAAUGUCACCACCGUCAAACUCUGGGAAGAGUUUGCUUCCAGUGACUUGUCAGCGCUUCGUUUCCUGGACAUGAGCCAAAACCAGUUCUGGCACCUGCCAGAUGGUUUCCUAAAGAAAGCACCAUCCCUUUCCCACCUGAACCUCAACCAAAAUUGCCUGAAGAUGCUCCACAUUCGGGAGCAUGAGCCCCCAGGAGCCCUCACUGAGCUGGACGUGAGCCACAACCAGCUGGCAGAGCUGCGCCUGGCUCCCGGGCUCACCGACUGCCUCAAGAACCUCCAGGUGUUCAACCUGAGCUCCAACCAGCUCCCGGGAGUCCCUGCUGGCCUUUUCGACAAUGCCAGCAGCAUCACUACAAUUGACAUGAGCCACAAUCAGAUCUCACUCUGUCCCCAGGUGGUGCCCUCAGACUGGGCGGGGCCCUCCAGUUGUGUGGAUUUUAGAAACAUGGCCUCCUUGAGGAGCCUUUCUCUGCAGGGCUGUGGGCUGAAGUCAUUACAAGACCGCCCAUUCCAGGGGACCUCGUUGACACAUUUGGACCUGUCUAGCAACUGGGGCAUUCUGAAUGGGAGCAUCAGCCCUCUCUGGGCUGUCGCCCCUACGUUACAGGUCCUGGCUCUCAGGAACAUAGGCCUCAGCUCUGGCACUGCAGAGAUGGACUUCUCUGGGUUUGGGAAUCUGAGAGAGCUGGAUCUUUCAGAAAAUUCCUUAACCAGCUUCCCCAGGUUCAGUAGCAGCUUGGCUCUGCGAACUCUUGACCUCCGUAGAAACUUCCUCACGGCCAUUCCUCAGAGGGCUGUGUCUGAGCAGCCACUGAGGAGUCUGCAGGCCGUCUACCUCAGCCAGAACCCUUAUGACUGCUGUGGGGUAGAGGGAUGGGGGGCCCUGCAGCACUUCAAGAUGGUUGCUGACUUGGCUAUGGUCACGUGCAACCUCUCUUCCAAGAUCAUUCGUGUGGUAGAGCUGCCCGAAGGCAUGCCUCGGGACUGUAAGUGGGGGCAGGUGGACACUGGCCUGUUCUACCUCGUCCUCAUUCUGCCCAGCUGCCUCACCCUGCUGGUGGCCUGCACCGUCAUCUUCCUCACUUUUAAGAAGCCUUUGCUUCAGGUCAUCAAGAGCCGGUGUCACUGGUCCUCCAUAUACUGACUCUGUGCCAAGGUUAGAGUUUGCUCUGUGCUCAUGAGGACGCUUUUCUGGGAAGCAUCCUCACAUCUGCAGAUGCCCGUGUGACGCCGUGAAGGUUAAAUGAAAAUUUAAAGAACUCCCAUCCUUAGUCCCAUUAAAUUCUUCUCCCACCCUUGAGAUUUAUCAUCAUCAUCCUGUGAAAUAUUUAUUAAGUGACAUUCUGGUAGAAUAAAGGGCGCAGCUCAUAAAUAUUUUUUAAAUCAAA